AUGCCCAAAGAAUGCCGCCAAAACUACCAGCUUGUGAUCCGUGUAGAUCUCGGAAGCUUGCUUGUGAUCAUGUGCAGCCGCAUUGUUUACGAUGCAGAGACGGAAACACGACAGCUUGAGCCACCACAACAACGCAACUUUGAUAGUCCGAGCACACCUGUAUCUCUCGGCGUGCUCCUGAAGAGACCUCGUCAAUAUCCCAGUCCAGGCUACCUCGGCUCGUCCAGCCAUACCACCUUUUUCGACCACCUCUCAUCUGGCAACAGCCCAAGCAGCGACGUCGAUGGCCAUCGCCAGGACAAGGACAGGGAGAAAACCCGGCACAAGUUCCGUCUAAGCGUGGUAAACGACGAGAAGAUUGCUUAUGGCGCAGCGCUGAUCAGACAAGCUCGUCUUUCCGCCAAAGCCUCGUCGUGGGUCUUGCUGGUCGAAGCAUGGACUGCCAAAGGAGUGAACCUCCCUCUUACCAACUCAUUUACUAUGCAAUGCGCUCAAACCGCUCACUCGCUGACCACGGGUAUUGAUUCCACGUUGAAAGAUUUCUGUGCUACAUUCUGCGAGAACAAUGCACGAUGGGAGGCCAUGAGACUGUUCUUCACUGCUGUCUCUCGAGCCACCAUUGACCUACCAUGCUUCGAUGUCUUCUACGAUACUGACCUGGAGCGGCGCUACCUGCAAAGACUCGCUAUGCAAUAUUCGGAUUCUUGCCUGGAUCUAGCUCUCUCCCUCGAAGGGGCGUUGUCGGCCCAUUAG